AUGUGCACAGACACCGAGGACUGCCUCCAUCAUCAACGCCUUCGUCGUCAAGUUUCUCCUCCAUCGACGUCGUCAGAAGCACAAGCAGCCACAUCAUCGUCAUCUAGUGGCUUCUUCGUCGACCUAGCAGCCUGCGGAAGAAGGACUUUGGCAGUAACUGGACGUCAGGACAUUCCCAAUCCACUAGCCUCUCCAGAAGCAAUAAAAAAAUCUAGACUUUUUGUUUUGUUAUGA